GUGAUGGCAUUAUUUGAAGGCCUUCGGUACCUCGUUCAACUACCCUCUGUAGUGUCAGGAAACAAGUGCAGCGCGUGCAGGUAUCAUCAUGUCCGGCCCAAUUAGUGAGAUGGAGGCACAACCCGUUCAGCCGACCGCGGCAUCUACGGCAGACGCCCUAUCAGCAUCAACCAAUAUCGAAGUUGACAGCGAAGUCAGAGUGAGUAGUGUUCUUAUCUUAAAGUUCUAUGAUAAUCUAACGUGACUAAUACGUUUCUCAUGUACAGGACGAUGCCUCGACCAUGGAUGAUCGCAUGUGAGUCCAGCUCUACGCCCGAAACCGACAAUUACAGGUUCGUUUGAAGCAGAACUAAUGAGUAUUCAAACAAGGUCUUCAUAUACUGCCUCUCUGUCUUCAUCAGUAGUGGAUUAUCCGACUGAAUAUGGUCGAACGUAUCACGCGUUUCGAGCUGGCUCCUAUAAUUUUCCAAAUGACGAGACUCGAUUUGACGCAUACCGUGAUGGUAAAGACCAUUGGCAACAAGCUCUUCCUUGCACCCAUCGACGAAGCUAAGACGCAUCGCAUACUAGACAUAGGCACCGGGACCGGUAUCUGGGCGAUUGAGAUGGGCGAUUUCUUCCCUAAUGCCGAGGUAACCGGAAUCGAUCUGAGUCCCAUUCAGCCGUCUUGGGUACCUCCAAACGUCAAGUUUGAGGUCGACGACGUCGAAAGCCCCUGGGUAGGAGACAAAAAGUACAACUUCAUCUUCAGCCGCUACAUGGCUGGCUCCAUCGCGGACUGGCAACUGUACAUCAGCCGAAUCUUUGAGAACCUGACGCCUGGCGGCUGGGCGGAGUUCCAAGACUGGAGCUUGAUGCUAGACUCAGACGAUGGGUCCCUCGACAAUACCCAGACACACCGAUGGGCCACCCUGUUCAUGGAAGCCUGCGCAAAUCUUGGACGAGACGGGGCUCCUGGACCAAGUUUGAAUGCAUGGGUGAAAGACCACGGCUUUCAAAACGUCGAGCAUCGACACUAUAAGAUUCCCAUCGGGCCUUGGGCAAAGGAUCCUUCGCUCAAGGACAUUGGCAUGUGCAACCUUAUUCAGAUGCUCGAAGGGCUUGACGCAUUCACCCUGAAGCUAUUCUGCACCGCACUGGAUUGGACUAGGGAGGAGGCAGUUGUGUUGCUCUCGCAGGUCCGUCAGGAAAUGAAGGCCUGCAAAUCUCACGUCUACCUACACUUCCAUGUGGUCUAUGGGCAGAAGCCUGAGCAAGAGGACUGAGGGG